AUCCGGAAGUCAUUUCUCAGCUCAGUCUAUUUGCUUUCUUUUAUCUUUUCUUUUCUAAUUUUCAAGUAUUCAUUUUUUGAUAACGUUUUAUCCAUAUUUAUCAAAGGCGAAGGAAAAUACACAACAGUUAUAAAUCAAUUAAUCGCAAGGUUAAAAAAUAAUUUCUAGUACGCAAUAAUAUCAACUUCCGGUUUAGUCAUUCACCUUCGACUGUUGUUUACAUUUUGGCACAAAAGUAAGUUACGAUUCUUACAACACUAGCCAUGUUUAAGAACGUAUCCAAGUGGCUAGGUGUUGUAGACAAUACUGAGGAAGAAGAGACAUUAGCUGUCAAUGCAAAAGGAGAGGAGAAAGUUGUUGAGCAUCAAGUGAAACCCACUGACACGGUUCAGAAUCAGAAUACUCAAGAAAGUGAAAGUGAUACGGAAAGUAAAAAAGAAAAUGACUUAAUUUCACCUGAAACUAAACAGACAUUAGAGGAAGUUUCGGCUAAAGCAAUAAGCACAGCAAAGGAAUGGGGAAGCUAUUUGUAUACUUUUGGUGUUCAUGCAACUGAAAAAGUUUCUGAGAAGGCAAAAGAGAUAACAAAGUCAGUGGAAGAAAAGACAAUCAUUGGUGACUUCAACAAUGAACAAGACAUUUUUGUGUCUGAGAAGAUGGAAAGAGUUAAGAAAUCGGAGGCUGCUGUGCCCCCGUGGAUCGGUUAUUCUGAGGAAGAAACAAUGAAAUCUCAAAUACUUGCAUUGUCACAGGACAAGAGAAAUUUUCUUAGAAAUCCACCAACUGGUAUACAGUUCCAGUUUGACUUUGAUUCAGUUUUCCCUGUUGCCAUGGCUACGCUUCAAGAAGAUCCCAAUUUACAGAAAAUGAGAUUUGAGCUGGUUCCUAAACAAAUCAAGGAAGAGAUGUUUUGGAGGAAUUAUUUUUACAGAGUUUCUUUAAUAAAACAGUCUACCCAACUCACAACUCUGGCUCAACAUUCAGAUGGUAAAUCUCAUGGAUCUCGGGAAUCCCUGUCUAGCAGUGGUAAAUCUUCCCCAAAACCUAUCAAGAAACAAGACGAGGAAGUUAACGAAGCCAGCAGUCCACAGGAGAACGAGUUUGUUAGCGAUACAUUCCAGGAUGAUGGAAAUAUCAGUGACGAGGAUUUGAAGAAAGAAAUGCAAAUGCUUGGUAUGGAGGAUGACCUUAAAAAAGAUGAAGAUAUGAAAUUUGAAAAACCAGACGUACCAGAAUGGGAAGAAGAAUUACAACGCGAGCUUCAGGAAUACGAAAUGGUUAAUGACGGAGACGAUAUCGAUGACCCCGAUAUCGAAAACGAAAUUCUUAAACAAAUAGAACAAGAGUCCUCACAAACUUAGUCCUUUGUUAUCAAGUGAAUUUAUUGAAAAUAAUUACUUGUUCUUGUUAUAGAAUUGAAUCCUUAAUGUUGAUGUAAAUAUUAAUCAUUUGGCUUGUGUUUUUUUUUUCUUGGUUAUUGCAUAUUCUAAUAUGCUGAAUGUAUGUUUUUUUUAAGUAGUUUUUUAUGGUGAACUGUAUAAGGAACUGAAAGAAAUGCUACAAGUGCAAGCUUAAACUUAGUUGUGUAUUCCUGAAGUGUAUAGACUUUAUUGGGGGUAUUUUUGUUUUUUAUAAAAAGAAAUUGCUUAUUGUGCUGGGACAAUGGUUGUGUAUAGUUUAUUAUCAAAUAUUGACAAGUAUAUUUGAGGGACAUGUUAAGGUAUAAAUUUUACAAUCAUGAUCAACAAACCAUACCAUAUGAUAGAGAGACCAUAAUUAUCUUUAUGGGACCAGUGACUUGGAGUCAUUCAUUUUCUAAAUAGAUCAGAAUUUUUAUUUGAAUUAUUCAUUCUUGUGGGAUACAAAAUGUAUGCAAGUUCUUAGUUGGUCCUUAACCGGCUUAAUUUGUGCAACCGAUUUGUCUACCUUUAUAUAUGCAAAAGUCCAUUUUAAAAAAAAGUUCUCAAUCAAAAUAGAAAAGUGGAGAAUGCCAACAGUAAAGAGCCUGAUAGGAAUGUAUCUAGGCUGGCCUGACUAUACUUUGGCUAGCCUGGCUCUAUACUGGUGACAAAGGCUAAACAUUCUUUGUUUCAACAGGUUAUGGGUUGUUAAUAAAUACAGUUAUUUAAUUUAUUAUAAUGUUGUGUGUUAAGAUUUUACAGCAUUUAAAUACAUUAGAGCAUUUCAAUGAGGAUAACUUUAUAUCAAUUUGAGCUUUAUUAUUGUAAAAUGUCAAGAUCUGUUAUCAGUCUAUCAUACAAUGAUGCAUUCACAAUUUAAAUACUAACAGCUUAGCUAAUGUGUUAGGAAAUUUUCUGUAAAUGUCAACAAAUUUCAUCACUGACACUAACCAGAUUGUACGGUACUUUAACAAUUUUGUCAGCUUAAUUCAGCCUCAUUUUAUUUGCAUUGAUUUUAAAAUAUUUUUCAGUUUGUAAUAUUGUUGGUAUUGGAUGCAGUGAUAUCAUAGGCUGUCUUAUUUAUUGAUAUAUAUUAACUUUGUUGAUGUUAGCAGCAGGAAUGAGUUACUUAUGCUAACAGUAAACAUGGGCCAGCCUAUACAUAUCAAUCCUUGCAGUCACACUUCACAACUUUGUUAAUGGUUGCUUAAUUACACCCUGGUAUUACAACAGCCAGUUCCAUAUCAAAAGAAGGUCGAGCACAUUAUGCAAAUUUAGCUGUAAAAGAGUAAAAAAAUGAGUAAAACAAAGGUCUACAUGUGUAAUAAAGAUUAUUACAUUGUAUAGGCAUGUUGCUCAUUUUUGGAAUGCAUUUGGAUAAAACACAGAUAUUCUUUUUUCAUAAUAUGAAAAUCAUAGACUGUCAUGCUAUGUUUAUUACCCAUGUUUAAUUCUGCUGAUUUUGUACAAUAGAACUGUCAAGCUUUAAAUUUUGAAGUAUUUCAAAAUAAUACAAACCAGCAGUCGACUCUGUGCAAUCUGAACAUAUAGGGCAUAUGUGUGUACAUGCUGACCGGACUGUACUGGAGGCAUAGGUCCAAAUAUCCCAGCUAUUGGUCUUAAGUGUUGAAAAUGCGAUAUUAAAUUUUAUUGUGCUUAUCAAUUAUUGUCAGGAGAGGGUUUUUUUGCUGCUAUAUUUACUGUAAAGCAUAGGAGAUUCUUUAUAUAAGAAAUACUGUGAUAUGAACUGUUUUGGUGUGUAUAUAAACAUAAGUAGACAUAACUAUUUAAAAUGUACAUAGGAGGGUUAUUUCAAUAUUUUAUUGUUCAUUGGUCUAUGUACACUAAAAUGUGAUUGUUUGAUUUUGAAUUCCUUCCAGAUAUUGGUUAACUAAAAUUUGCAGGUAGAUUCAUUUUGCAAAAGGGAUUUUUUUUUUUUCAAAACUUCUUUUGAUCAGUGUGAAUUUAGUAAUUUUGGACAGACUCCAUUUGUCAGUAAAUUUCAAAAAGCAAAAUAGAAAUGCCAUUGCUCUUUUUUAAAGAAAUGUACUAUUCAAAGUAAUUUAAGACAGAAAACUUCAGUGUGUUCAAACAUUAUAAUCUUAAGUCAGUUGGUAGUGAUAACUUAGUGGUUAAGGUGUUUGCCUCUCAAUCUAGGAAUCAAGGGUUUAAAUACUACUUGUGUCAUGACAAGGUUUUUAUAUGAAACCAGUACUGAUUAGUUCGAGGAAGGGGUUAAUACGUAUAAGUUUGCAAAAUUUAAAUAUAUGAAUAUACAUGUAAGUGAAAACUGAUUAUUUUGUCUGGAUAAAGUUUAAAGAAAUUGCUUAGCAAAGAUUUUGUUUUUUUUUUGUAAUAUAUACAUGUAUAUGGAAUCGUAAUCUAUACACUGUAUAACAAUAUAUUGUUGCACAAACUAUGAUUGUGGAAAAAAACUGCACACAGUUCUUGUACAUUACUAGUUAUCUGAAGUAGAAAGUGGCACAUGUUAAUCAACAUAUAUGUAGUUUUUCGUCUGCUGGAAUGAUUCAAUAAAGAUUAUGAAACACUCAUUUUUUUCUAUGUUCCGCUGUGGUAUCUUAAUUCUUAAAAAAAUUAACUAUACAUCCAGCUGAAUAAGGAAGGUCCAGUGGUUCUAGUUAGGUGAUCAUUGUGCCCGAGUUAAAAUUUUGCUGUAGUGUAAAUUAUGAUGGUUUUGAUUGCAGAUUUCUCUCAAGGACCUUGUAAAAGUAAAUAACGUUCUAAUAAAAAAACAACAACUGAUGUUUGAAUUCCUAGAUCUGGUAUUUAUCCUGCCAUUCAUUGUCACUAUUAUGUGGACAUGGAGAAGUAUGCAUUUAGAAAACACUGAUCAAUAUUGUUUUAAGUUACCAUAGGUGUCACAUUAAUAUGUACCUACCUAAAAGUAAUUCUAACAGUAAUAUUAUGUUGGAAACUAGGGGAGUCACAUGAAUAUUACGAUUGAUGUACAGAUGUUCUAUUUCUGGAUGAUUUCUUCUUCAUUUUGAUACAUCUUGUUAUAAAAGACAGUAAACUUAAAAAUAAAAUUUCAUGAUUUAUGUGACAGAAACUUUGGGACGUAUGCUAGAAAAUAGAUUUAUAUUUUCAUCUGUAUACAUUGAAUAUAUUUAAUAUUUAUCUGAGUUUACGAGAGAAAGAGAGAGAGGAAUACUAAUAUGAUGUUCAUUGUUUUGUUUAUGUUAAAGGCAUUGAUGUAUAUGUGUAACCCUUUUUGUUGUUAUCAUUACUGUACUAUAGAAAUAAAGGUGAAAAACAUGCAA